AAAAUAUUCAAGUCAAAGCAGGGUUUGAAGUCACGAGAAGGGCUGUUAUAAGUUGACCAAUAUUAUCGAUUGUUAUUGUUGUUUUUUCUAAAUUUACUUCUACUUGAUUUGUGUACAUUUUGUGAAGAAACGGACUGAACGUAGACUCGUUUCAAUUGGUUUAAGAAUAAACUCAUUUUAUUUUGUUUAAAUAUUGCACUACACUAAUACUAGCUUUCGUUGGUUUACAUUGCGUCCAUGGCAACGGCCAUUCAUUGAAAGGUGGCCCAUUGAAAGCUAAGAGCUGUACAAAAAUAUUAGGCUUAGUGUAUAGGCUGAACACUUGAUGAACAGUUUAUAAACACAAUAAAACAGAUUAUCAUAUCCUCAAAAAGAUGAAUUGAAGAAGAAUAACAUAGCUGAAUCUGAAUUUCUGAAGAGUUGACGAUAUGAGUGACAAUGACAGUGAUGCAGGAAGCGAGGCCCCGAGUGGGGCAGGCAGUGCCUUCGAUGUGGAUCCGAGCAAACUUAUUGAAAACAUGUCCGAAAAGGAAAAGAAAGCUUGGGAUAAGGGUGCUAAAAAAUGGAGACUUUUUAUGGAUUUUUUGCUCCGCCAUGUUGCCAUAGUGACAUUUAAAUACAAUACGUUUGAGCAGGAAGAAAUGACAGCGUUUCUCCAAGCCAUGGAAAAGGCAGAGUACCUUCGUGCAACAGUUCCAGAUGUGACGAAGAAGAAGAAAAAGAAACUACGUAAACGUAAGGUCACUCCGGUGACACCAAAAGACCCAAGAGUAAAGACAUAUAAAGAUAUGCAAACCGCGGCUGAUCUACUCCAGGCUCAUAGAUUCUAUGCCGAGUCGCAUCGACUAAGAUUUGUUAUGGACCUCACAGGUCGGCUCCGGGGACUUAAUAUGAUUGCAAAGGGCUUCUUUAAAGCUUUGAAAAAAUGUAAGGUUCCAGGUAUAGAUAAGUUCAAACAUUACCUCGAUUACUGGCGAGGAUUUACUAUACGAACAUACGACUACACAGAGGUUAAAAUGAAAGGUAUAGACCCUGAUGAAUAUAAUAUUUGGCCUGCAACUAUACGGACUGCAAUAUAUUUGGCACAAAAGUUCUUGAAACUGUCCAGUGACAAUACAGGACUACAACUCAUGACAGAAGACCCCAAAGUAUUAAGACAACACAUGACUGCUGCUGACUUUACAGUUGCCCAACGAAUAGAAGAUCUACUCGCUAAGAAAGUUGUUAGUGAAUCACAGAACUUCGUUUUAGGUGCUCAAUCGCUCCUUGGUCUAGCUCCAAAGAAACCCGAGGAUGAGAAAAAAGAAAUUGUUGACCCGACAGAGCUUGAAAAUAUUGAUCCAGAGCUUCUGCGACCCAUUCCUGAUUACGGUCUGCUCUGUGAACUACCAGAAGAAGUUCCAAAGGAAAAGAAGAAGAAAAAGAAGGGCAAGAAAGGAAAAGGAAAGGGGAAAGGAAGAGGGAUGUUCUCAUCUGCAAAGAAGAAGAAAAAGAAGUAGACUCAUAUAAACGUACACAUAAACAAUAGUUUUAAACUAAAAUGAUUCAUUGCAAUAUAUUAUUAGUAUACAUCAUGGAUGAUGGAUGAUGAUCCCAUCGAUCAUUUGGAGUAUCAUGUUACCCACGAUGAAUACAAUUCAUGUAAAGUAUGUGCAACACCACCCGGGGAUAUACUAUACAAACGCUAUAUUAACUAUGGAUGGUCUAAACAGUACUACUUAAAUAUGAUUUAUUAUGUGUUAUUAAUUAUAAUUGAUUUUUAAAUGUCAUAUUGCACAAAUGCCUGAUGCAACAGAUUACUGUAAAUGGUAAAUAUGUAUUUUUAUUUGCUAAUUGUAAAUGUUAAAUGUUUCGAUACACGUGAUUGUGUCAAUAUGUAUGUGCUUCUUACUACUAAUAAGUAUUAAAACUAUAAUAAAACCGUGCCAUUCAAAAUUAUAACACUUGAAUUUGUUUAUAUCUAAUCAGGCUAUUCACAAGUACGCUUCAGCCUUUUUUCAAUUUUAAAACUGUCAUGGGUAUAUAAAAAUAAUGAGAAUCCCUUCUCGAUCGUUUGUUAAAAAUCAAAAUGAACAUCCAUGGCUGGGCGGACAUACAUUUUGCAUUGAUCAAAUGUUUUAUCACCAUUGAGUCAUUAUUGCAUUACAUGAUAGUCAUUACUUUGC